UGUUCCUUCUAGAAGCAAAGCGUAUUUUAAGAUUAAAAUCAAUUACUGCCAUGUUUAUUUAAGAAUCAAUUUAGCUUGAAUGAGUUUAAAAUAGAUUUAAGAGUUAAUAUUUUUAUAAAAUGGCCAACGUGUUCGGGCUGAUAGUCUCGGGGCGUCUAGUGCAGACGGAUUUCACGCCGAUGUCGGAAACUCAGUUCUUGACCACGAUCCUGGAAGCGGACGCCAUCAACCACGUGGUGGUCUUCCUUACCGGCGCGGUGCCGCUGCCAGUCGGUACGGCCGGCAUGGUCUACUGGUCGUGGCCAGAUCCAGCCGCACCCCCUAACUGGCAGCUCCUUGGACAUAUCUCUAACUCAAAACCCUCUGCUAUAUUUAAAAUCUCGAACUUGAAAAAGCUACAUGAACUGUCAGGUGAAAACAAGUUUCUGUCUGCAUUUGGCCAGCAAAAGAUCUGCCACAAUGCCCAAAUAGGUAUAUCUAUUGAACCUGAAUCCAAUGUCCAGUUGCUGGCUUCAUCUGUGGCUCAACAAACUGAGGACUACAUAACUUUUGCUCAGAAGAUGCUGGAAAACCUUGUGAACUUCGUGGCAUCAUUUACAGUUACACAAGAGCAAAUGACACCCACUCCUGGUGUCCUUUACCUCCCCCUCAGCACACUGCAGACGUGGUAUCAGAACUUUGAGCGAAGGCUACAGCAAAAUCCUAAUUUCUGGAGAAACUAAUUGCUGCUUAGAUUAAGGCUUUUAGUACAAUACAGAAUUUAAGCGGAAGACUAGGUGCUGAAGCAUUGCAUUGCUUAGUAUAUUUAAAAUAAUUACUGUAUAAUAGUGACUGCAGAUCUCCUCAACAGCAAAAAUGCAUAUUUUUAAAAUUUUUUUUUUUUUUUAAUAAAACCUUUUGUUACCUUUGUAUAGCCAGCAGAUUCUGUUGCUAUCCUGAGUGCAUGUCUCUGUUACCAUCUCUAAUGGUAAUUUGUAAGAGUACAGCAAAGUAUCUCUUAAAGAUAA